AUGGAGCGCUUUCGACGCCUGGAAGUGCUGGGACAGGGAACCUACGGCACUGUCUACAAAGCGCUUGACUUGCAGACCAAUCGAAUUGUGGCGCUGAAAAAAACAACGCUUUCGAAUGAUGAUGAAGGCAUUCCAGCUACGACGCUUCGGGAAGUAAGCAUCCUUCGAGCACUGUCAGACUGCGAGAAUAUCGUGAAGCUCAUCGACGUUAUCCACGCCGAGAGUCGCGGAAAACGUCCGCUUCUGUAUCUCGUUUUCGAAUACGCUGAGAGCGACCUGAAGCAGUAUAUGAAUCGGCACCGGGGGCGCGGCAAGGGCUUACCCCUUCAGCAAGCCAAGUGCUUUGCGUACCAAAUGUUGCUCGGGCUCCAGUUCUGUCAUCUCCGCGGGAUCAUGCAUCGCGAUCUUAAACCGCAGAAUAUACUCGUCACAAACCAAGAUCGUACCAUCAAGCUAGCAGACUUCGGUUUAGGGCGUGCCUUUUGUAUUCCUGUCGGUAGGUACACGCAUGAGGUUGUGACUUUGUGGUAUCGGGCGCCGGAGAUCCUUCUCGGGACGCGUUGUUACUCGACGCCUGUAGAUAUAUGGAGUGUAGGUUGCAUACUCGCAGAGAUGAUUCGGGGACGAUCUUUAUUUUGCGGGGAAAGCGAGAUUGAACAGCUCCUUGCAAUAUUUCGGGUUCUCGGUACGCCAAACGAACAGACUUGGCCAUCUGUAGUCGAGCUCCGCGACUGGCAUGAUUUCCCUCAAUGGAAACCACGGCCACUAAUUCAGAUACUGCCCGAUCUCGGUGAAAGCGGAUGCAAACUUCUGUCCGAAAUGCUCCAGCUCGAUCCAGCUCGUCGAAUAACGGCAGCAGAUGCACUUCGCCAUCCAUUUUUCGACGAUGUGCGCCCGUUGUACGCAAGCGCGACGCUGGCCGUUGCUCCGCCUCGCGCGAUGCCAGUGCUCAACGCCAGCGACAUCGCGGCACGGAACUACAACCGCAAUCUCCGAGAUCACCAGGACUCGUUGCAGUUGCCUGAAGACAUCAUGGUUUCCGACACCUCUACGGGAACGGACGAGAACAUUCCCCCCGGAGCAGAGAACGAGGUCAUGCUGCCGUGA